AUGUUGGCAAUCAACGGAAGGCCAGAGAUGCUGACUAGCCUCUGGAUUCAGUCCGCUGCCUCAACCGCUGCCUCAAUCACUCCCUCAAUCACUCCCUCAAUCACUCCCUCAAUUGCUGCUUCAAUCGCUGCCUCAGUCGCUACUUCAGUCGCUGCUUCAGUUGCUGCUUCAACCGCUGUCUUAGUCACUACAUCAAUUGCUGCUUCAAUCGCUACAUCAAUCGCUGCUUCAAUCGCUGCCUCAGUCGCUGCUUCAAUCGCUACCUCGAUUGCUGCUUCAAUCGCUAUAUCAGUCGCUGCCUCAAUCAUUACUUCGAUCGCUGCUUCAAUCGCUGCAUCAGUCGCUGCCUCAAUCGUUACUUUAAUCGCUGCAUCAAUCGCUGCAUCAAUCGCUGCUUCAAUCGCUGCCUCGAUUGCUGCUUCAAUCGCUGCCUCAGUCGCUGCUUCAAUCGCUGCCUCAAUUGCUGCUUCAAUCGCUGCAUCAGUUGCUGCUUCAAUCGCUGUAUCAGUCGCUGCCUCAAUCGUUACUUCAAUCGCUGCUUUAAUCGCUGCAUCAAUAGCUACCUCGAUCGCUGCUUCAAUCACUGCCUCAGUUGCUGCUUCAAUCGCUGCUUCAAUCGCUGCAUCAGUCGCUGCCUCAAUCGUUACUUCAAUCGCUGCAUCAAUCGCUGCCUCGAUCGCUUCUUCAAUCGCUGCAUCAAUCGCUGCUUCAAUCGCUGCUUCAAUCGCUGCUUCAAUCGCUGCCUCAGUCGCUUCUUCAAUCGCUGCAUCAGUCGCUGCCUCAAUCGCUUCUUCAAUCGCUGCAUCAGUCGCUGCUUCAGUCGCUGCUUCAAUCGCUGCUUCAAUCGCUGCUUCAAUCGCUGCCUCAGUCGCUUCUUCAAUCGCUGCAUCAAUCGCUGCUUCAAUCGCUGCCUCAAUCGCUGCCUCAGUCGCUUCUUCAAUCACUGCAUCAGUCGCUGCUUCAAUCGCUGCCUCAGUCGCUGCAUCAGUCGCUGCUUCAGUCGCUGCCUCAGUCGUGCCUCCAUUGCUGCCUCAAUCGCCGCCUCAGUCGCUGCCUCAAUCGUGCCUCAAUCGCUGCCUCAGUCGUGCCUCCAUUGCUGCCUCAAUCGCCGCUUCAGUCGCUGCCUCAAUCGCUGCUUCAAUCGCUGCCUCAGUCGCUUCUUCAAUCGCUGCCUCAGUCGCUGCCUCAGUCGUACCUCCAUCGCUGCCUCAGUCGUACCUCAAUCGCCGCCUCAAUUGCUACCUCAAUCGCCGCCUUAGUCGCUGCCUUAGUCGUGCCUCCAUUGCUGCCUCAAUCGCCGCCUCAGUCGCCGCCUUAGUCGCUGCCUUAGUCGUGCCUCAAUCGCUGCCUCAGUCGUGCCUCAGUUGUGCCUCCAUCGCUGCCUUAGUCGUGCCUCAAUCGCCGCCUCCGUCGCUGCCUUAG